AUGAAGGUACGAAAGGCAUUUCAGAAAAAGACUACGAAGCCCAAGUCUCCCGAACCAGAGGAGAGCAGUGACAGUGAUGAACCUCAGGUAGAAAAGGUGGUGAUCCAUGUUCAAUCAUCAUCAGAAGAAGAAGACAACGACGAUGAUCAAUCUUCGAAUGCUUCCUAUGGAGUCAAUGAUUCAUCUCUCGAUUUAGGUGACAGCGAUAACGAGAUUGAUAGUGUUGCAUCUACCGAUGCGCCACCCGAGAAGCAAAAUACUUUUUCUGAUGACAAUGCCAAAUGGCUCAAACCCAAGAAGGCAACAAUUGACUUGCUUUCGUCUAGCGGGGACGAGGCAGAGAACGGAAAGGAGGAAAAGGGAGAAAACGACAACAGUGACGCUGAAAGUCAAGAUGACGAUGAUGAUGACGAUGACGAAAGUGUUGAACUCGAUGUCGAACGAAAAUCUCGAUUAUUGGAUGAGAGAAUGCAAGAAGAAGAGGACGAAGCCGAUGAAGAAAUGAGAGAUGCUGUUUCCAAACAUACGUCUGUAUACCAUCUUCCCACAAGAGAAGAGCUAGAUCGAGAUGCGGACCGCGUUGUUCCUCCAUCCGAGCUUCGGUCUCACGUCGACCAAAUCCUCGAAGUAUUGGCAGAUUUCAAGGAACGUCGUGAGCCAGGUCGUACCAGAAGUGAAUAUGUUGAUCAACUUGGUCUUUUCAUUGCCGAGCUCUAUGGAUACCUUCCAGAACUGAUUGAAUACUUUUUGUCCAUGUUCAGUCCUGCUGAAUGCCUCGAGUUUGUGGAUUACUCUGAUAAACCAAGACCGAUGGUCAUCCGAACAAACACAUUGAAAGCAAGAAGAAAGGAUUUGGCCCUCGCUCUCAUGAAAAGAGGUGUCACUCUUGAUCCUCUUGCUCCUUGGUCCAAGGUCGGAUUGAAGAUUAUUGAGAGUUCCGUUCCUAUUGGCGCUACACCAGAGUACCUCAGUGGACAUUACAUGCUCCAAAGUGCGGCAUCCAUGUGCCCCGUAAUGGCACUAUCACCAGAACCCAAAGAAAGAGUCUUAGACAUGUCCGCAGCCCCGGGUGGAAAAACUUCUUACAUGGCACAAUUAAUGAAAAACACAGGAGUCAUCUUUGCCAAUGAUUUGAGACCCGAUCGUCAAAAGGCAACCGUCGCCAACAUGCAUCGUUUGGGUGUCAAGAAUGUGAUUGCUUGCACUCAUGAUGGCCGAAAAAUGCCCAAACAGUUCAAGCACUACAAGUUUGACAGGAUUUUGUUGGAUGCACCUUGUUCCGGAUUGGGUGUCAUUAGUCGAGACCCCAGUUGUAAGGUUCAACGUACCAUUGCCGAUGUCAACAAGACUGCUCAUCUUCAAAAGGAGUUACUGUUGGCGUCAAUUGAUAUGCUCAACCACAAGAGCAAGACCGGAGGCGUGAUGGUGUAUUCCACAUGCAGUGUCAGUGUGGCUGAAAACGAAGAGGUCGUCAACUACGCAUUGCAAAAAAGAGACAUCAAGAUCAUUGAUACUGGAUUGGAUUUUGGUUCUCCUGGCUUCACAAGAUACCAGCAAAAGAGAUUCCACCCAUCGGUGGCCUUGACACGUCGAUUCUACCCACAUGUUCACAAUAUGGAUGGUUUCUAUGUCUGCAAGAUUCAAAAGUUGAGCGACAAGAUCCCAGGGGAAACGAAGAACGAGGAGCCUGUCGAAGAGAAGGAAGUAGUGGCAGCCAAGCCGGUCAAGAUCAACAACGAUAACAAAAGCAAUAGAGCACCCAAGGCCAAGGGAGCUGGAAAAAAGAAAAGGGGCAAGGGAAAGAAAAGAGCUGCAUCCGAGGAACCACGAGAACCAGCCAAGGACAACAAGAUGUCGGUUCCACCGGCCAUGCAACAGCAAAAGAAGAAGAAAAAGCCGAAUGCUAAGAUGUCAAAGCCUCGUCGAAUGAGAGCCGAUCACAUCAUGUAG